UUCUUACAGGUGCCGUAUUCCGCAAUGCACAAUUCGUCCGGUGUGGUUUCUAUUCUACAAUGACGAUGGCGAGUUGAUUAUCGACACCGCGAGUUCUAGUAAACCAAGAGAGUUCAUAUUUAUUGAAGGCGAAAAGGCUGUCAUCAAGUAUUAUGUGUUUGGUAUUCACCUGGAAAGUGGAAUGAAAAUUGUACCACUUGACAAAUCAAAGGUGUCCAUCGUCUCUAAAUGGAAAAGCACUGCUCGGCGAGUUCCAAAGCAGUCAGAACUUUACCUCGGCAGCAAAGCUAAACGUGAAUUUACUGGAAAGUAUUAUUUCAUGUAUCAUUUCGAAGAGGCAGACCCCAAAGUCGAAUUGGGAACGUACUCACAAAUGUUCAAUGUAGAAGUGCGUAAACCGCUUUCUAUAUCCCUGAGUCCACAAAGUAUUCACAUAUGUGAAUUUGAAGAAGGUACAAUUCGUCUCGCAACACACGGAGACUUCGAGGUUCUCACCCACGACAUCGAGUGGUCCUAUGCUUUCUUCAAACAUGAAACACCCACAGUUGUAACACUGAAGACAACAUUCAUUCGGAUCAGUGGAAAUGGAAGAGAGGCGCGUGUGAGUCGAGCAGCUUUUAUAUUUGUCAAAGUAAAUUGGAAACAUGGUCCAAAGACAGCUCAAGCCGUGGUGUUUGUCACAGGUAAACCACGGCUACAGAAUGUUUCCCCUCUAUUAGCUAUCAGUUUUCCUGGGGAAACGGUACGACUUGCACUAGCUACGGAUAGCCCUAAAACCAAACUCACAUGGAUCCACGAUGCGCAGAGAAUAGAAGAAAUUCCUGACCAACCUAACAUGGCGUUCUCCCAAAAGCGAACAGCCAAAGACAUAAUUUACGUGCUGACGAUCGACGAAAUCCUCACAGAACAAUUUGGAGUCUACACAGUUAAAGCUGUAAACAGUAGGAAUUGCAAACAUUCCAUAGAGUUCAUAGUUCACAAGGCAGUAGAGGAUACGAUUUAUCCAAAGAUAAAGGAAGAAGACGAAAGAAGUUCUAUUCGGUUAUCCAACAGGAGUCUAAUCAGAUUUAGAGCAAUCAUGGACUUCAUGCAGUCAGAUUGUUUAGAGACCAUAGGCCAAGAAACAAACAAGGAAAGUAACAACAGUUCACCCUCUUUGACAACGGACUAUAUGGAGAAGACACGACCGAAAAAACGAACGCUUAUCAAUAGACCUAUCAACAUCCAGGAACAUUUAUCAAAAAUAGAUCCAUACUGCAUAUCUCUUGAACACGCCAAGCCAUAUUUCCAACUGAAUUUUGGAAACCUGAUAAGAAUAAGAGCAAUUAGACUUGUGAAUGGUGAUGAUAAAGACAGUGAUAAAGAUUUUGGUUUACGGUUGAUGUACAGUAUUGAUGGAUGCAAAUGGAAGAUAUUUGGUGUGAGACGAAAGAUAGGACAAAAAAACGUGCCUGUCAAUCUGGUGGAGAAACUAAACUCGCAAUACGAAAGCAAAGUUUUUGGAAUUGAUGGUUCUCUCUACUGGAUUGGAAAUACCACUCUAUAUUUGGCAAAAAAAAUUCGUCUGGUCCCCGCCAAUAUACCAGCCUCAAAGAAGGAGACUUGCGUCAGAAUACGUAUCUACGGAUGCGCUGCAACAAUACUUGACAUACCAAAACGUGAACCUAUUUACCAAAAGCCUGCUGGUAUAAAAGUUAUUCUUGGGGUGCUUGGAGGUUUGGUUGGAACAAUAGGUGCUAUGGUUUUAUCCUGGUAUGCUUUCAAGAAUUGGAAGACAAUUGCCAGAUUGAUUACAGAAUGUUGGACAAAAAUAAGAUCAUACCUACUGAUUGAAUACAUUUAUGAAAGCUAUUAUGAAUAUGAAGAAGGAUAUUAUGAGUAUGAAGGUUUUUAUGAAUAUGAGGAAGGUUUUUAUGAAUACGAAGAAGGUUAUUAUGAAUAUGAAGCCUGUUAUGAUUCCUCAGAAUCAGAAGAACACAUUUACAGCGAGAUACCAAACCUAGAGCCUGUGCCAGACACAGUCACUGAGGGCCUUCCAGAACCCAACAAGACUGAUGAGAUUGAUGAGACUGAUAAGACCCCUGCAACUCAAGAAGAGUUAGAAACUCAAGAAGAGUUAGAAGCCUGA